GCUCAUCCAAACGGGGAUAGAUCAGCAUGGGUGCUGAAGUGUCAACAGUGGCCGAGUUGGCAGGCAAUGAGAAGCUGUCACGGCUGGUCGCUCCUGAACCUAUCUGUUUUAAUAAUCCGUUUUGGAAUGGUUUCAUGUCAUAUACUGUGGUCAUACCCCGAACAAAGCAUGACGACGAGAUUCUAUCAGCUAGCAUUCGGGCACACCUGGAUAAGUUCUUGCAGAAUAAUCUUAAGUCAUGCAACCUGGCAGCACUGCUUCAUGUGUUUCUUAGUCGAGUGCGCGAAAUUGUCUCGCUGCCAUCUAAUGAGCAGAGCGCAGAGUUUCUCUGGCAAACGGAACGUCUUCUUUUUGUCAUUCGUUGCAUAUGCAAAUAUCUUAUAGAGACGCUAACAGAAGACGCACUACUGAAGCAGCUCAACUCGAACGAAAAGCCCAAGGAAGAGCCGGAAAAACUUCUUGACUACGUCCUUUUUGCCCUUCUCGAAAUCCUUGUUAAAGUGCCGUUAGACCGCAGUUCAUACAGUUUACAUGUGGAAGCAUUAUCCACAUUGCUCGUCUUCGUUUCGCAGCAAAUGUUUUCUUCGAGAGCGUCGCAUACGUCCGUCAUCUUCACGACCCUGAUGAGCGGGCAAUGCAAACUUUUAUCGGCAAGUCUCACCAAGUAUCUAGUGGAGACUUACAUGGCCCAAACGAAGAAUCCGUCGAAUUUCUAUGAUCAAAACGGAUCUCAAGGCGGAAGUUUGAUCGUGGAUCUAGCUGUGGGUCUGUUUGGAGCACUCGGAGUCACUGUCGCCGAGCCGACCCCCAGCGACCAGCGGCCGGAGGCUGUCCUAUCCCAGCUGUCGCUUACGGCAUUGCUAAUUCUUACAAACCACUGCACAGAUAUUGGACCUAACGGAGUAGCAAAUCCUUUCCGUAAACAUUUAUUCGCCUUUGGCCUCGAAGAAGUUCAGGUUGAGGGGGCGGGGGUAUGCAGUUUUAUUUGUAAUGGACAUCGCCUCCUACAAGUGAUCUGCGGCGACCUCAACGAAGCGCCAGCAAUGCUUCUUCUCUACAUGCUUUUACACAACAAUGUAACAUUUAAGACGUUUGUGUUGUCACGAGCAAAUAUCGACUAUCUAGUUCUGCCGAUAUUGCAGGUAUUGUAUCAGGCAGAAAAUCGAAGCUCGUAUCACGUAUAUAUGGCACUUAUUGUCCUGUUGAUAUUGUCGGAAGACGAUUUAUUCUCGCAGACCCUUCAAGAUGUUACCCUUCCACAUGUAUCGUGGUAUACGGAACGCAAUGUCUCAGAUAUAACCCUAGGCAGUUUGUUCAUUCUGGUGGUUAUUCGUACAAUGCACUACAAUAUGACACGAGCGAGAGAUAGGUACUUGCAUACGAACUGUUUAGCAGCCCUAGCCAAUACGUCGGCCCAUUUUUGUCGGAUGCACCCUUACGCCGCGCAAAGGAUCGUGUCUCUUUGUCAGAUACUAGGAAAACGCUACCACCGGUUACAAGAGCAAAUUUCCCUGCUUGAAGAAGGAACGGAGGCGCACAAAGAACUGUUUUCGGAUCUCGGCGUUUGCGAGGAGAUGCUACGUCUGAUGCUUGAGAUAAUUAAUUCGUGUCUCUCUCAUCAGCUGAAGAAUAAUCCCAAUCUUGUCUACUGUCUCCUGUACAAAAGUGAGGUAUUCGGCCAUUUUGGUAUGGAUAACGCGUUCAUGGACGUAGUUAAAAAUAUUGAUAUCGUGAUACAGUUUUUCACCAGCAAACUCGAUCAAGCGACGCAGAGCCAACAGCGGUCAGAAGCUCAGGUAACGCAACUAAUUCAAGAAGCAUCUAUGCUCUGGAGUAGUGAUCGAUUACGCAAAUUUCCUGAGCUUAAAUUUCGUUAUGUGGAAGAGAAUCAGCCUGAGGAGUUCUUUGUGCCGUAUAUCUGGUCGUUGACUUUUGCUUCGGCGCCUAUACAUUGGAAAACCAAAAACCUUAUUCUUUUCAAUCCGAGUGGCAAUCAAGCUGCCGGCGUCCUUGUCUAGUCUUGAUUAAGAAGUGUCAGAGAAAAAUUAGUUGAUUAUAAAUACACAUCGUCCAUGUCUGCUAAUAUUAAACCAUUUUUCAGUCACGACCUUAAGCGUAGUGACUAUCUUCAUGUAGUACGUUGCUGGCCACGUCCUAAGCAGAGCAGAUAUCGAAGUAAUUAGUGUUCGUGAACUUCAUAAACGCACUUGUACCACAUGCGUAUGCCAGUAGGGCAGCAGAAAAUGAGAGCAAAAACAAACCGAGUGCCGUAGGUAAACGCGUGGUUAAAGAAAACUAUGAAAAUGAUCAAGCAGAGCUGGAAGACCAGGUGGUAAAAGUCUGCGACAGGAACAUGCAAACAUGGGGUGAUAAUAUAUAUAUAUAUAUAUCUAAACGAAACAGGGAUUCCGCGUGAGUAAGAGUUACAAAGCAAGUGUGGGAGAGUGAAGUGCACAUUAAGUGAAAAUGAUGGUAAAAUAUAGGAAAAAGCAAUGGAAAACUGCUGACGGUAGCGUAGCAAAGAACAACACAGAACGA